CUAUCUCAUUCCAUUUUAGGUAAUUUGCGAGUUAAUACCUCCCCCUAUACUUGGAUUUAUUACUCUUAUUUUUAACCCCAGGUAGACAUUCUCCGAUUGUGGGUAACUGGUAUAUUAUAAAAUGGGCUACUAACUAGAUCUCAAGCCAGUGUGUUUUCAAUGUCAUAAAGAGCGAUUGUAUCUAAAAGUUGUGACUUGGAGUCUCUAACAUAAUCAUAUUUCUAAACACCAGAGAUGUUUACACUGAUCAUAGUCGGUUCCACUAUUGCCCUAUCAGUGGCGGCUCUAUACAAGUACAUGACUGCCAACCAAGGCGUAUUUAAAAAGUUAGGAAUCGAUCAUCCGCCAACUUCCUGGUUUUUCGGAAACGCUGGUCUGGCCUUCCAGCAUGGGAAUUUCGAUCUACAAAAACUGAUGUAUAAGCAAUACAAAGAUCACAAGGUUUAUGGAUGGUACGACAUGAGAAGGCCAGUGAUGGUCAUCAAGGACUUGGACAUGGCCAAAGACAUCUUCAUCAAAAACUUCAACAACUUCGUGGAUCGCUACCAAAUCUUCGACGCUGACCCACCUUUCAAAGACAAUUUACUCAGUUUGUCAGGCAACCACUGGAAACACGUCCGUGGGGCCAUCAGCCCAGUUUUCAGUGCCUCUAAAAUAAAGAAAAUGUCUGGGCACAUUGAGCGCAACAGCAAAAUUUUGUUGGAAAAUUUGAGACAAUGUCAAGAAACUGGUCAAGAAGUUGAGCUCAAAGACAUCUGUUCCAACUUCGCUCUUGACGUCAUUGCCAGCACUGGGUUCGGCUUGGAGAUUAACACUCAGAGAGAUCCCAAGAAUAAAUUCGCCAUUGAAGCCAAAAAAGUCAUGAACCCAAACGCGGCUAUAAUUACUUUAAUCUAUUUCUUCCCAGUGGUGAAGACUUUGUUGACAGCAUUAGAAAUACCCGUGCUGUCUCAGAGAUCUUUAGAGUACUUUGCUGAAUUGAUAGAUCAGGUGAUUGAAGACAGAAAAAAGGAAGAGCGAAUGGGCACUGUCAAUGACUUUGUAGAUCUUGUUAUGAGAGCAGAAGCCGAGUCUGAACAACCAGGUGUGAAAAAAUUGACACGAUCUGAAAUUCACGGACAAGCUUUAGCCUUUAUACUGGCAGGGUUUGAAACAGUGUCAACUGUGUUGUCCUUCACCUUGUUCUAUCUGGCCUUGAACCCAGAAUGUUGUCAAAAAGCUCAGGAAGAGGUGGACGACAAAUGUGGCGAACAAUUUCCUGAUUACGACGAGGUCCAGUCACUGACCUACAUCGAUAUGUGCAUUAACGAGUCAAUGCGAUUGGCGCCGCCCGGCUUCUUCAACACCCGGAUAUGUGUCGAGGAUACGGUGAUACACGGGAUACAAAUCCCUAAGGAUAUGGUCGUAGGCGUGCCGGUGUACGCCAUUCACCACGAUCCGGAAAUUUAUCCGGAACCUGAGAAGUUUGAUCCAGAACGCUUCAACUCUGAGAACAAGGCGUCCCGGCAUCCAAUGGCUCACCUUCCAUUUGGACACGGUCCACGCAGCUGCAUUGGAAUGAGACUGGCACUUUUAGAGUUAAAGAUGGUCUUGGUGACCAUACUACAGCAACUGACCCCUGUCCCGUGUAGUAAAUCGGUUUUUCCAAUUCAGAUCAGUAAAAUGCACCUAAAAGCUACCAAUGGAUUGUGGGUAAAAUUUAUACGAAGGCGAUAAAUAACCACACAGCAUUAUUAAUAUUUAAUCUUUUUUUUAAUUCUUCAUUCAAAUGUUUGUACUCUCAGAACGGAAUAAAUCAAUAAGUCAAGAAUAUAGCUAUUAAAUAAAGGCUGUAUAUUUAGUAAAGAGAUCAAUCAUUUAUAUCACUGAACACAGGUCACAUAAAACAAGGACUAAUGAAUAAUAUUGAAUGGGAUUAGAACAUGGAUCAACAAUGUAAAGAACAACUUUAAAGAAAUAUAGAGAUGAUUUAGUUAAAUCAAGUGCCCAGACCUUGCGAUCUAUAGGGAAGAUGAUGGUAAGGUUUCUUUGGCCAACGGUUAACGAGCAGGGUGUUAUGUGGCCAGCUCAACGACCGACCGCAUUUAAUUUCCCAAACUUUAGUCAGUUACCCAUUAGAGUUUGGUGGACUCAGGGACGUUCUAAAAAUCCCGAAAUUCAAAAUCCAAGUCUUCACAGAGAUUCAAACUACUCUACCACCGCUUUAAAUGUUGGAGUAGAUAUUGUGCAUACAUGUGUUUCUUUUGCAGGGAACCAUUUUUAUUUUAUUUUUUUUUUGUAACAUACAUUCCUCAAUUUUAUGGCUUUCAUUUCUAAAUAAUUCUUCUGCUAUGCUUAAAAAUUCUACAAUUAUCUGUGUACAUUAUCACUUUCCUAUAAUAAAACAUUUUUUUCCAAAAUUUAACAAUUUAAAUUGUGUUAUAAGAUUGAAUUUGUGUAUAAUCUUAUUUCAGCAGUUAACUAGUUAACAUAUUAUUAACUAGUACUUAGGCUGACAGAUUAGUGACUAUAAUUAGCAGAUAGACUGAAUAAUAAGUAAAGAGCUCGCAGUCUCUCAGAUAUUUGUAUUUGAUAUUAAGUACAAGCAAAUAGACGAAGAGAUCACUUGAUUUCAGAGAACUGG